AUGGAAGAUACAAGGAAUAGCAACGCAUUUGAAGCUGGAGACACGUCAAUGACCGAUGUGUUGAGCUCCCCACAGUCGCUUCAAGGGGAAGAUGAAAUGUCGCUUCACCGCGUGAAAAAGAGUUUGAACGUCAGUCUUCCUUCGGAACAUCUCUUUCCUGAGCUGACGUCACUAGUUCCCGUGCUGUUGGAUAGCGAGGAGGAAGAGUCUGCCAAUUUGGUUGACGAAGAAAUUAUUAAAUCUCACAUUAUUUCUGCAGGUGACAAAGAUGUCCUACUGUCGAGUUCGAAAGGAAACAAAUCUAAAAUUAGUGGAUUUUUCGGACAACUGUUCUCGAAAAAGAGAUACAGUGAAAAGGAAAAGGAAAUAGGCAAGUAGAUGAUUUAGAAGUUAGAAUUUGAUACUCAUUUGACAUACUUCUAUUGUAGUAUUUACAAAAAUAUCAAUAAAUGCCUUGUCACUGAUGUUCCAUAUUUUUUCUACAUAAAUAGUUAGAAAAGACCGAGCGGCUAAAGUUUUCCUUCCACAAGCACAGCUGGUUCUCGAUGAUAUUAGCCAUGAUGAUGACCGGGAAAAGAUCCUGGCAAAGCGACACACCAGUCUAAUUCUCUCCUGCUUCAGAAAUCAUUGAAAGAACGGGUUACCAAGAACGCAAUUUGAUUAAAUAUUUUCAGAAGUAGAAUUUGUAUGGAUGCUGGAAUUUUACGAAAGCCUAAUAGUUCCAUGAAAAAAAAAAAUGAAUUCAUGUUUCAUUACCUCGUAAUUACGAAAAAACAAAAUUUCCAUUUGAAGCUAUUUGAUAUGACUACACGUGUAUAACAAAGGGAUAUUGAAAAUACCUAUGUGUUCAGUUACUGAAACUACGUCAUAUACCAUGUUAUGAUAUUACAUUAUGAAUGUUUACACAAUGUACACUGAAUAUUUUGUCUUUCAUACAUUUAAUACACUAUCUCUUAUAUAUACACUGUAUUUAAUGCUAGCUGUAUAGUUAUCAUGUGCAUCAUAUUAUAACGUAUUUAUAAUCUUCAUAUCAUAUAUACUAUUAUCGUAACUUACAGAUAUUGAUAAA